GUUUUGUUCCGGAGAGGAGAGAAGAUAUAGUGCUGCUAGCUGUGUCUGUGUGGGGCCCGUCAAGCUAUGAAUGGGACGACCCCUACUGUGUGUGUAGGUGACACACACCGUAACGGGAAUUCCGAAAUUCUCAAAAGCCACACCAAAUCGAAAGUUCCCUUAAUUUCCGUCUCUCAUUCUCUUCUUUUCUGCUCAGAUUCAACAUGCGCCGCUUCAAAUCCCACUCUCUCUGAUGAACUUCACAUUCACGCGCCCUCCUCAUGCUGCACCCUUCCCUAACACUCCUCCUCCUCCUCCUCCUCUUUCACCCCAACGCCGGGGACCCUAACGACGCCAAAAUCCUCCGGCAAUUCCGCAACGGGCUGGACAACCCAGAGCAACUGCCAUGGCCGGACGAGGGCGACGACCCAUGUGGUUGGAAAUACAUUUUCUGCGACAGCAACAAACGCGUGAACCAGAUUCAACCCAAGGGCUUAAACCUCAGCGGUCCCUUGCCGCAGAACCUGAACCAGCUCACCAUGCUCUUCAACUUGGGCCUCCAGAACAACAGGCUCAACGGCCCAUUACCCUCCUUCCGCGGUCUGUCAAAGCUCAAAUACGCCUACCUCGACAACAACAACUUCGACUCCAUCCCUUCAGAUUUCUUCGACGGCCUCCAGAGUCUAGAAGUUUUGGCCUUGGACCAUAAUAACCUCAACGCCAGCACCGGCGGCUGGCAGUUACCCGAAACUCUCCAGGAGUCAACGCAGUUGACCAAUUUCUCUUGUAUGGGCUGCAACCUCACCGGCCCAAUACCUCAAUUUCUCGGCUCCAUGAACUCACUGUCGUUUUUGAAGCUCUCUAACAACUACUUAACGGGUGACAUUCCCCGGAGUUUAAACGACUCUGCGUUGCAGGUUCUGUGGCUGAACAACCAGCAGGGAGAGCGUCUCAGUGGGGGAAUUGAUGUUGUGGCUUCUAUGGUUUCUCUCACGAGUUUGUGGCUUCACGGAAACGCUUUCACUGGGACGAUCCCCGAGAACAUUGGGGCUUUGAGCUCUUUGAAGGAGCUCAACCUUAAUGGGAACAACCUCGUUGGGUUGGUUCCUCGAGGUUUGGGUGACAUGAAGCUGGGCAAGCUGGAUUUGAACAAUAACCAUUUUAUGGGUCCGAUUCCGGAUUUUAAAGCGGCUACUGUGUCGUAUGAUGUUAAUAAUUUUUGUGUGAGCAAACCGGGGGUUCCUUGCGCGUUUGAGGUGAUGGCGUUGUUAGGGUUUCUUGGUGGGUUGAAUUAUCCUCUGAAUUUGGUUGAUUCGUGGACUGGGAAUGAUCCUUGUGGGGGGAAUUGGUUGGGGAUAAAGUGUAAUGCUGAUGGAAAGGUGAUUAUGAUUAAUUUGCCUAAUUUGAAUCUUAGUGGGAGUUUAAGUCCUUCUGUUGCGAACUUGGGUUCUCUCGUUGAGAUUAGGUUGGGGGGGAAUGAUAUUAGUGGUGUGGUGCCUGGUAAUUGGACUAGUUUGGCAUCUUUGAAAUCGUUGGAUCUGAGUGGGAACAACAUUUAUCCUCCACUGCCUGACUUUAAGACUGGAUUGAAACCUGUUGUUGUGGGGAAUCCUCUGUUAAAUGGUGGAGCGAAAACUACUCCUUCGGGGAACAAUAACCCGUCAACUGGAUCUGGGAAUGUUGACCCUUCAGGGAACACUAACUCGAAUUCUAGUUCAAGUGAUUCUCAUGAAACUAAGAAAUCCAAAAGGAAACAGUUGGUUUCGAUUGUUGCUCCGAUUGCGGGUGUGGCAGCUGCGGCUUUUCUGCUCAUUCCGCUCUAUGCAUACUGUUUCAGGAGGAGGAACGGUGGCUUCCAGGCUCCAACUUCACUGGUAAUUCACCCUAGGGAUCCAUCGGAUUCGGACAGUGCUGUGAAGAUUGCUGUUGCUAAUAAUACCAAUGGAAGCAUUUCCACUUUGACAGGGAGUGGGUCUGGGAGUAGGAAUAGUAGUGGAAUUGGGGACUCUCACAUCAUUGAAGCUGGAAAUCUAAGGAUAUCAGUUCAGGUUCUGAGGAAAGUGACCGAGAACUUUGCGCCUGAGAAUGAGCUUGGCCGUGGUGGAUUUGGGGUUGUUUAUAAGGGGGAGUUGGAUGAUGGUACUAAAAUUGCAGUGAAACGAAUGGAAGCAGGUGUGAUUAGUAGUAAGGCCUUGGAUGAAUUCCAGUCUGAGAUUGCAGUUCUAUCGAAAGUCCGACACCGGCAUCUGGUGUCUCUUUUGGGUUAUUCUACAGAGGGUAAUGAAAGAAUUCUAGUGUACGAGUAUAUGCCACAAGGGGCUCUCAGUAAGCAUCUUUUCCAUUGGAAGAGCCAUGAUCUGGAGCCCCUCUCUUGGAAGAGGAGACUCAAUAUUGCCUUGGAUGUUGCCAGAGGGAUGGAGUAUCUCCAUACUCUGGCUCACCAAAGCUUCAUUCACAGAGAUCUUAAGCCGUCAAAUAUCUUGCUUGCUGAUGAUUUCAAAGCAAAAGUCUCCGAUUUUGGGUUGGUAAAACUUGCUCCUGAAGGGGAAAAAGCAUCUGUAGUGACCCGGCUUGCAGGGACGUUUGGAUAUUUGGCGCCAGAAUAUGCAGUGACAGGAAAAAUCACUACCAAAGCAGAUGUUUUCAGUUUUGGGGUUGUGCUAAUGGAGUUGUUGACUGGAUUAAUGGCACUUGAUGAGGAUAGACCUGAGGAAAGCCAAUACUUGGCAGCAUGGUUCUGGCAUAUAAAAUCAGAUAAGAAGAAACUAAUGGCUGCUAUCGAUCCUGCCCUUGAUGUAAAAGAAGAAACAUUUGAGAGCGUCUCCAUCAUUGCUGAGCUAGCAGGGCACUGCACUGCAAGAGAACCAAGCCAACGGCCAGAUAUGGGUCAUGCCGUGAAUGUGUUGGCACCGCUUGUCGAAAAAUGGAAACCCUUUGAUGAUGACACCGAGGAGUAUUCCGGCAUUGAUUAUAGCCUUCCCCUUAACCAGAUGGUGAAGGGAUGGCAAGAGGCAGAAGGAAAGGACUUAAGUUAUAUGGACCUUGAAGACAGUAAGAGUAGUAUCCCUGCAAGGCCUACUGGAUUUGCAGAUUCUUUUACUUCUGCUGAUGGCCGGUGAAACAAAUUGUUUGGUGUACCCGUUUUCCUUUUGAUUUUCCAAUAGAUGUAGAUAGAUAGCAUGCUCUUUUCUUUCUGUCUGUCUUAAUUGGCAAAGUGUCUAGUGCCAGUGUUAUAAUAGUGUUUGAGUAAAGAGAUUUCACAUGCACUUGAAAUCUCAGUUGCAUGCUUUGUAUUUUCCACCAAGACAUUUAAGUGUUAAUGGUUGUAGAUAUUGCGCCACGAUCAAUCAUCAAUGAGAAUGCUUGUUUUUUUGUUCAUUCA